AUGUAUAUAUAAGAAAAAAGAAGACGCAGCAACUUUGAGGAAGUGGCACAUUUCUGAUAAUAGGAAGUACAUUCAACAUUUCUCUUUGAGAGGCAGCCGGUCUAGAGACUUACACGAAUACAAGAGACACGAUGGACGAGUUCAAACGGAUUAAAAUGUCUUCACUUCUCAUUCUGCUGCUUCAGUUUACAGGGGCUGCAAUUGGACAGCGUAACCUCUACCUCUCUGUCAGAGUUGGAGAUGAAGCCAAUCUGCCGUGUAACAGUGUGAUUCAUGAUCAGGAUGAAUGUGAUGGUACUUCAUGGUUCUUCACUGUUUCAGGAAGCACAGUAGAGCUGGUUAGAGGUGGGCAGAUUGGUAACCAUGCUCAAUCAGACAGACUGAGACUUACGGAUAAUUGUUCUCUGGUUGUAAAGAAGGUCACAGAGGAGGAUGUUGGUCAAUACAACUGCAGACAGUACAACAAAUCAAAUCAACAGCAAGGUUCAGACUCUCUGGUUCUUCUGUCUGUUGUUACCAUGACUGAGCAUCAGAACAACGAUGAGGUCAUGUUACUCUGCUCUGUGACGACACGUGCAGGUUGUAGACACAAAGUGAAGUGGCUGCUUCAGACUCGAGAUGCGGAUAAAGAUCACAGAGAUAUAAAGACAUCAGCGUCUGACUGCAAUGCUUCUGUGACAUUUCCGACUUCUCAUUAUGGUUCCACACAAAGGUCUAAGUUAUUUACUUGCGAAGUAACAGCUGAUGCUUACAACGUGCAGACCUUCAGCUUUCAGUCCUCAGAUGGGGAUGAUCAAGCAGCAACAACAACAACAAAUACAUCAGGUCGCAUCAACAACCAAGUUUCAGUUUGCUGGUUGUACCUGGUUGUGGCUUUGGUUCUCGUAGCACUUCUAAUAACCAUUGUGGCUUUCAUCACAUGGAGGAAAAUGAAAGGGAAGGAAGCACGGGAAAGUGACAGUGUUGUGCGUUGUGAUGUAGAUGAUGGUACAGUGAACUAUGAACACAUCAGACCUCCUGAUGAAGUUUGAGAAACACUUCUGCCUCCAUCAGACUCCACUGAUCAACAACGUCUACAUCUAUCAUCAGGAGUGGAAGAUUAUACACUCAUUCUGAAUGACAUAUUAUUUCAUUUUAGUCUUGAUCUAAUAAACCACUGGAUGUCACUGUAAA